AUGACAGGCCGCUAUGAUGCACGCCCGGAGCGUCAGAAUGAAUAUUUCAUCCCCGGUGAAGGAAUCAGCCGAGAAGUUAUUCAAGCAGAUAUUUGCCGCUACCUUGGAAAUGAUGCCCUCGUGAGACCUGGCAACCACAAUGGCCGCCCAGGAUUUUUUAUCCGUGCCUAUCGGAAUCUCACAUCUGUAAGUGACUAUGGACAUGCGACAACAAGCGGGAUAAGUCAAGAUGGCAUUCUAACCACACAUUGGAUACAGGAGAUGAUUACUGAUCUGAAGGCUGACUCCGCUCGUUGGGAGGCGGACGUCUCACGCCGGGCUGACCUAGGCUACCCGCGUGGGAAUUACAUUCAAGAUACGAAUGUAUCCCAUCCACCUAACACCACUCCAGCGACCUAUGCCCCUGCGGCCGUUCAUGAGGUUCGCCAGUCACAAGGCCCAUCCCCUACGCCCUUUACUGCAGCGCCCGCUCAGUCAUACAUGGAUCCCUACUCCCAGAGUUCCUACAGUGGAUCCCAGAAUGCCCCCUACACAAACCCUUCCUCAUACACGUCCACCGCUCACUCGCCAUAUGCAUCAGGUACAGCUCCGUACCCUCCACCCCAGGUUUCCUACUCUGGUUCCAACCAGCCAAUUGUGACGUCUACGGACAUGCACCCCCAAUCAUACACGUAUGCCCCCACGGGCUAUGGUUACGACAAUGGCCGAAGCAAUGCUCCCCGAUACUCCGGACCUGGAUAUGAUGCCGAACAGGAGUACUCUACUGUAACUUCCGGGAUGUCCUAUCCUACCACUACUGCCCCGGAUCCCCGGAUAGGAAUGGAGCCCAGAUACACUCCAGAGUAUGAGCGCAGGCCACAAGCCACCAGAGACAACCCUCACCGUCGGCGGUAG